CGGGCGGCCCCGCGCUGCUCUCACACCCGCGGCCGCCACUGCCCGCCCGCAGCUGCGCCUGGGCGCACAGCGCCGCUCGGCCUCGCCGGGCAGGCCACAAGCCGGAGGGCGCCGAGACUGCAGCUCCCAGCGCGCCCCGCGGCGCGGCCAUCUCGGCGCCCAGACUCCAUUUCCCAUGCGGCGCGGCGCGGGGCCGCCGGCCGCCAUCUUACACUGCCUCCGCCCCCGGUGCGGCCGGAUUGAAUGAGCCCGGAGCCCGCUGCCCGCCGCCCGCCGACCCAGCGCCAUGUCCGCCACCCCGAGCCGCGGCACCCCCGGCGGGACCCCGCUGUCGCCCACACGCAUCUCCCGCCUGCAAGAGAAGGAGGAGCUGCGGCAGCUCAAUGACCGCCUGGCCAUUUACAUCGACCGUGUGCGGUCGCUGGAGCUGGAGAAUGACCGGCUGCUGCUGAAGAUCUCCGAGAAGGAGGAGGUCACCACCCGGGAGGUGAGCGGGAUCAAGACUCUGUACGAGUCUGAGCUGGCUGAUGCACGGAGAGUUCUGGACGAGACUGCCAAGGAGAGGGCCAGGCUACAGAUUGAGAUAGGCAAGCUGGGAGCAGAGCUUGAGGAGUUCAACAAGAGCUAUAAGAAGAAAGAUGCAGACCUGUCGGUGGCUCAGGGCCGCAUCAAGGACCUGGAGGUGCUGUUCCACCGCAGCGAGGCCGAGCUCAACACCGUCCUGAACGAGAAGCGCAGCCUGGAGGCGGAGGUGGCCGAUCUGCGGGCACAGCUCGCCAAGGCUGAGGAUGGUCAUGCUGUGGCCAAGAAGCAGCUGGAGAAGGAGACACUCAUGCGUGUGGACCUGGAGAACAGGUGCCAGAGCUUGCAAGAGGACCUGGACUUCAGGAAGAAUGUCUUUGAGGAGGAGAUCAGGGAAACCAGGAAGCGCCACGAGCACCGCCUGAUCGAGGUGGACACCAGCCGCCAGCAGGAGUACGAGUCCAAGAUGACCCAGGCCCUGGAGGACCUGAGGAACCAGCAUGAUGAGCAAGUCAAGCUCUACAAAAUGGAGCUGGAGCAGACCUACCAGGCUAAGCUGGAGAAUGCCAAACUGUCCUCUGACCAGAACGACAAAGCUGCCGGCGCAGCUCGCGAGGAGCUGAAGGAGGCUCGCAUGAGAAUAGAGACCCUCACCUACCAGCUCUCCAGCCUGCAGAAGCAGGCCAGUGCAGCAGAGGAUCGUGUCCGUGAGCUGGAGGAGAUGAUGGCUGGGGAGAGGGAGAAGUUCAGGAAGAUGCUAGAUGCAAAGGAGAGGGAGAUGACAGACAUGAGGGACCAGAUGCAGCUGCAGCUCACAGAGUACCAGGAGCUGUUGGAUGUCAAACUGGCACUGGACAUGGAAAUCAGUGCUUACAGGAAACUCCUGGAAGGAGAAGAGGAAAGGUUGAAGCUGUCUCCGAGUCCCUCCUCCCGGGUCACCGUGUCCCGGGCUACCUCCAGCAGCAGCAGCAGCAGCACCUCCCUCAUCCGCUCCUCCCGCGGCAAGCGGAAACGCAUCGAGGCGGAGGAGCUGUCCGGCAGCGGCACCAGCGGCAUCGGCACCGGCAGCAUCAGUGGCAGCAGCAGCAGCAGCUUCCAGAUGUCCCAGCAAGCUUCAGCCACAGGAAGUAUCAGCAUAGAGGAGAUAGACCUGGAGGGCAAAUACGUUCAGCUGAAGAACAACUCGGAGAAGGAUCAGUCUUUGGGUAACUGGAGACUGAAAAGACAAAUUGGAGAUGGAGAAGAAAUUGCUUACAAAUUCACUCCCAAGUAUGUCCUCAGAGCUGGGCAGACUGUAACAAUCUGGGGUGCAGAUGCAGGAGUGUCUCACAGCCCCCCCUCUGUGCUGGUGUGGAAGAAUCAAGGCAGCUGGGGCACCGGAGGGAACAUCCGCACUUACCUCGUCAACUCGGAGGGAGAGGAGGUCGCAGUGAGGAACGUUACCAAGUCCGUGGUGGUGCGAGAGAACGACGAGGAAGAGGAUGAAGCAGAGUUUGGAGAAGAUGACCUUUUCAACCAACAGGGGGAUCCCAGAACAACCUCUAGAGGAUGCUCAGUGAUGUGAAGAAAGAAAAAAGAAGAAACUCUUUAUUUGCUCUUUCUCUUCAUUUAUUUCCUUUUAUUUUUGCUAUUUUUUCCCCUCCAGAGCCACUGAAAACUAUUUUUAUAUGCAUCAUCUGAUUGCUUUCAGGUUUACUCCUGGGUACAUUUUUAUAAAAAGAAAAUAGCAAAAAAAAAAAAAGACCUUUCCUGAGCAGAACUUGCAGGAUUUUUAACAGAGCUCUUUAUUUUCCCCUCUCUCUUCAAACCCUCUAUUGGAAUGCAGCAGUUUUUAACACACUCCCCCUCAGACAGAGUCGAAAGUCUUCUGUACAGGUCAGCAGCAAAGAAGUCUUUAGCUGAAAUGGGAUGAGGCUCCCUGAGUGUAUGGUAGAAGCUGUGGCUGCAGAGGUAACCAGGAGAGCACAAACCCCUCCCCAGACCACAAAACUAAGCAAGCAAACAAAAACCAAACACACAAAAAUCCAAACAAACAAAACCCCAAACAAACAACCCCCCCCAAAAAAAAUUCCAAACAAACAGAGCCCUUCAAAAUGAAAUGAAGCAACCAAGCAAAGCCCACUGUAAGAAAGUGUUUUCACCUGCAGGAGGGAUUCCCAGUGGUGUCUCCUUGCCUGGUCCCCUCAGCAGUGCCCUCAUUAGCUCAGUGCUGCUGCUCCAGCAGUGCUGUCCAAAGAGGAGCUGCAUUUUGGAUGCUCUUGGCUCAGGCUGCUGGCAUCUUGUGCUACCCCAGGGUCUGGCAGCUUAGUGGCAGAGCAGCUGAGCCUGCCAGCAGCUCCCCUCUGUGCUGUGCUGGCACGGAGAGUGGGGGCUCUGCUCACUGGGCACUGGCAGCACCCUGGGUACCAGCCCCAGCGCUGAGCCUGCCAGCAGCUCCCCUCUGUGCUGGCAGACAUGGAGCGCUGACAGCCCCCUAAGGUGUGGUGGUGCCAACCCCAGGCUGGUGUUUGCAGGGGGGGUUGGCAUUGUCCCAGGUGAGGCUCUGUUAAAUCACAGGCAGGAGCUGUGCUGUGCUCUCAGCCUGAUGUUAAGCAGCAUGACUGAAGGCCUUUGGCCUGCUCAGCCCUGAGCAGUCAGCUCAGAUUUUAGCUGUUGAACCUCUCUUGCCUUUGGCAUGGCUGAAAUUGGCCAUUUUAAAGGUUCUCUCUGUACCUGUUGGCUUCUUUUAAUCAGAGCUGGAUGCAGCUUGCCCACACUUCUCUGUUCAGAGGGGCCCUGUCAGGUGUCCUCAGGAGCAGCAUUUGCAGAACAGGACAGAAAGAGGUGAAUUGCCUUUUUUAACCACUUAGCAGGAGCUGCUGCUGGCCAGGCCACAGGCUCGGAGUGUUGAGAUGCCCCAGGGAGAGGCACAGCCAGGCUGAGGGCAGAGUGCCCUGUGGCAGCAGCAGGUGGCUUUUACUUCAGGAUGCUGCACUUGCUGCCUGGCAGUGUCCCUUUAGCUCAGUGUUUCUGCUGCUGCAUCUCAGUGGAGGUGACUCUGGCUUGGAUUUCACGUAGCAGUGCAUCUCCCAGCACUUGACUGCUCCAAAGAAUGUAUUGGCUCCUGUCCAAGCAAACCUGGGGUUUGGGUUUGGUUUCUGUCUUGUUUCUGGUUUUUUUCCCUCCAGUAGUUCUUAGGUUGGAUACAAGAUUUGGAUCCUCUUUGAUGCCAGCAUAGAUUCCUGUUUUUUACCUGCACUCUUGAACUCUGAUCUUGUCGUUCGAGGAGUUUAGACUCCUCCAUCAAGCUCCAAGGUUCGGUGUUUUCGGUGGCUUUUGGACAUUCUGUUCUCUGAAGAGUUUUGUGACUGACAGAUAUAACCUAGGAGGUCAGAUUAGUGGCUUUGGCUGAUGGCUUUGUAAUGCAAGCAGGGUGGGAACACAAAGGGGUUGCAAAAGCUUAGGGGUUUUAUUUUGCCAUUUGAAAAGGAGAAACAAUCCAAGUGCUGCUUUCUCUGACGUCGCUGAAGUGAAGCUGAUGGCGAUGCAGAGACCUCUUGGGAUCCAUUCCCAGCAGGUCAGCUGGACAAAGCAGUGAAGAUUUAGCUGUUGGGGCUAACCUGGGGUCUCCUGUGGCCCUCUGGUUGGUUGUGGGUUGUUUUUUCUCAUGUAAUUUUCCCACUCUGCUUGAGUAGAAGGUUAAAUAUGUAGUAAAUAAUGUCUCUCUCUCUCUCUCUCUGUAAAAUGUAUCUAGUGAAAUUAUGUUUCUCAGACAUACUGUUACCAAUUACCUGUUCUCAAUUAGCUGUUUGCAAACGAAUGCAAUCGAGGUAGAAGCAUUUUUGCAGUGCACCUUCCAACCACUGGACAGCAUUUCCCUGUCUGACCCACAGCUUCUAGCAUAGAGCUGCAGCAUGGUUGAGGGCUUUGGGCUUGCCUCGGGGUAGUUUUGUUUCCUUCUCCUCCAGCUGUGUAUUUAUUUGGGUUUACAUUGGCCAGUUUUCAGGUUGCUUCCUCUUGGUGACUGUUCUGUGACCUUAACUCCAGCACUGAGUGUGGAGUUCAUUUGCAUAGGUUUUUCUGUGACUUUUUUCCUCCAGAGAUUUGGGGCUAGCAGAGGCAGCUGGAAUGAGGAAAAAUCCUCUUGCUACCUGAGCCAUAGUUUUCCUAACAGCUACUGUGAGGGGAAUGUGUCUUGGAGCCUUAAGGACUGGUGCUGGCAGCUCCUCUGUCAGCAGCACCCUGCCCUUCAGGAACAGGCUGCUGAGGC